AUGAGUAGAAACGUCGACAAAGCGAACUCAGUGCUUGUGCGUUUCCAAGAGCUUGAAGCGGAAAAAUCCGGUGGCUACAAGGACUAUUCGAGGUUCAAACGACCAACAAGUAUCACAUCUAUCAAGGACUCUCAAGAAGCCCAACAAUGGCGUCGUCAAGUAAUACAAGAUAUCAAUUCCAAACUCACACGAAUGCAUGAUCCUUCUUUGAAUGAAAUACAGCUUAGAGAAUUAAAUGACGAACUGAACAACCUAUUUUCAGAAAAAAGCCGUUGGGAGCGUCAUAUCCGAAAUGCUUUGAAGGGCCCUGACUUUACUCGUGACAAAACUUUCAAGUUCACGGGGACUAUGUUGAAGGGUCGUCGAUAUUUUGGACGCGCGCUAGAACUGUCAGAGGUUCAAGAACUCGCUAAAGCUGACUCCGAACGUCGCACCAAACUCCAAAGCACCCGUCAACGCCAGCAUGCCCUACAGAGCAAAAUAAAAACCUGGGAAAAGACGCUUGGACCAGAUUACUAUGGAUUCUUGCCAAAUGAAGGUAAAAACUUUAAACUUCCUCUUAGCAUAAACCGUGAAACGGUCGUCGACUUGUUGACCUCAGACCCAGAAGAAGAAUCGGCACUUUCUCAAUACGAGGAAGAAUGGACGUUAAACUACAGAUCUGACCUAGGAGGCCAGGAUGUCAUUAAAAAGCCAGAAAUCACCAUACCGAGUUUCGAUUAUGUGCCGGAUCAGAAGGAAAUGGAGAGAUGGUUGGUGGAAAGGCGCAAAAUGCAAUUACAGAAGCAGUUAGGGCUGUAG